CCGGCCGGGAGGGGGAGGGCACACGAGAGGAAGAAGGAAGCCGCCAUCUUGGAGCUUCGAAUCGCCAUAACAAGGCACCAAGCGGGCGAGUGCGAGGACUUUUUUUACCCGGGAGAGCGGGCAGCGCAGCCGGCGGCGGCGACUGAAGUGAGUGAAUUCAGAUAUAAUUCAACUUUGUUAGAGGGCUUUUUUUUUAAAAAAAAAAAAAAGUUGUUCCACGGUGCAUCAGAGCAAGUUACUACUUUACUGUUGAGUGACUUACAGGUGCUUGCCUGCAUUGCAAUAAAGGACUCAUAUAUUGAGCAAGACUUAUUUAUCUCUUCAUUUUGGAGAGUCUAAUAAACUGUUAUUACAGUUUCUGUACUGACUUUCAAAGUUUUGAAGUCUAAAAAGACAUCUUUACAAAUAAAAACAUGAGCACGGCCAGAACAGAGAACCCUGUUAUAAUGGGUCUAUCCAGUCAGAAUGGGCAGCUGAGAGGCCCUGUAAAACCAAGUGGGGGCCCAGGAGGUGGGGGGACACAGACUCAGCAACAGAUGAACCAGCUGAAAAACACCAACACAAUCAAUAAUGGCACUCAACAGCAAGCACAGAGUAUGACCACGGCUGUUAAACCUGGUGAUGACUGGAAGAAGACUUUAAAACUCCCUCCAAAAGAUCUGAGAAUCAAAACUUCGGAUGUGACCUCCACAAAAGGAAAUGAGUUUGAAGAUUACUGUCUGAAACGGGAGUUGCUGAUGGGAAUUUUUGAAAUGGGCUGGGAAAAACCAUCUCCUAUUCAGGAGGAGAGUAUUCCCAUUGCUUUGUCUGGUAGGGAUAUCUUGGCUAGAGCUAAAAAUGGAACGGGCAAGAGCGGAGCCUACCUCAUUCCCUUACUUGAACGGCUAGACUUAAAGAAGGACAAUAUACAAGCAAUGGUGAUCGUUCCCACUCGAGAAUUAGCAUUGCAGGUCAGUCAGAUCUGUAUCCAGGUUAGCAAACACAUGGGAGGUGCCAAAGUGAUGGCAACAACAGGAGGAACCAAUCUGCGUGAUGACAUCAUGAGGCUUGAUGAUACAGUGCAUGUGGUGAUAGCUACUCCUGGGAGAAUUCUGGAUCUCAUCAAGAAAGGAGUAGCAAAGGUUGAACACGUCCAGAUGAUAGUACUGGAUGAGGCAAAUAAAUUGCUGUCUCAGGAUUUUGUUCAGAUAAUGGAGGACAUUAUUCUUACGCUACCUAAAAACAGGCAGAUUUUGCUCUACUCAGCCACUUUCCCUCUUAGUGUACAGAAGUUCAUGAAUUCCCAUUUGCAGAAACCCUAUGAGAUUAACCUGAUGGAGGAAUUGACCUUGAAGGGAGUUACCCAGUACUAUGCCUAUGUAACUGAGCGGCAGAAAGUACACUGCCUCAAUACGCUAUUCUCUAGGCUCCAGAUUAACCAGUCAAUCAUUUUCUGCAACUCCUCACAACGGGUUGAACUGCUAGCCAAGAAGAUCUCCCAGCUGGGCUAUUCCUGCUUCUAUAUCCAUGCUAAAAUGAGGCAGGAACAUCGUAAUCGUGUGUUCCACGAUUUCAGAAAUGGCUUAUGCCGGAAUCUUGUUUGCACUGAUCUGUUUACCCGAGGUAUUGAUAUCCAAGCUGUGAAUGUGGUGAUAAACUUUGAUUUUCCAAAGCUGGCAGAGACGUAUCUCCAUCGUAUUGGCAGAUCAGGUCGCUUUGGUCACCUGGGCCUGGCCAUCAACUUGAUCACCUAUGAUGAUCGAUUCAACCUGAAAAGUAUUGAGGAGCAAUUGGGAACUGAAAUUAAACCCAUCCCAAGCAACAUUGACAAGAGCCUGUAUGUGGCAGAAUACCACACUGAACCUGUAGAUGAUGAGAAACCUUAACCAUGCUUUGAUUACAAACACCAGAAGCUGAAGCCCCUUGAUCCAGAUCUGUGACACAUUGUUUCUUUGGGGAUAUCCUUCUCUCUUUGGGUUUUUCAUCUUCUUUUCAUUUUGGAACUAUGAAGACUAAAGAGCUCAGACGUAUUUUCUUUUCUUUUUAAAUUUGGCAGCAAGGAAGAAAGAAGAUAAAAGAAGGAAUACUUUUUUGUUUUUUCACUUGUUUGCACUGUGUGCUGAUUGAACAUUAGUUGCACUAAACUGCUGGUUUUAAAUUUUUUUCUUUUGGGGGGCGCAGGGGCAGCAGCAGCAAGAGAAGAAGAGAAACCCUGAAAAGAGAAGAAACUUGAUGAACAGAAGUUUGUCUGCGAUUUCAAAUUCUCCAACAGCUUACUGAGUGCAUUUCAACUUCUCCCUGGUUACUCAUCCGUUUUAAAGCUAAACAGCUUGUUACUUAUUCGUGCAAAGUGCCUUAUGCUAUGAGACCAUUCAGAAUACCACCUUUCAGAUACAGCCCGUGGAAUCAACAGCUUUUUUUUCUUUCCAGGUCAAAAAUUUCCAACCCUUCUCUUGCCCUCCCCCAACAAUACUCAAGCCCAGGGCCGUGAGAUGAAACGAUCAGUAAUGUAACACCUUUUUUGUUUAACUUUUUUUUUAAAUUGGAGGAGUUGAUAUGCAACUGCAGUUCACCCACACUGUAAAUACAUGUAUUUAAAACAAAAACAACUAAAAAUCUGAGCUGAUUAGGUGCAACAUCAUAGCUCUAGAAGGAAAGAGCAGCCUAUCAUCUUUUGCAGGAGCAAUAUGAAAAGUUCAUAUGCUCUAGCAGCACACUAAAGACUGGUUUCCAUAAGUCUCCAUUCGUAGUUACAGCACUUGAUAUGUAGACUUAUUUCAGAACCAUGGCCCUCUUUCCUCUGGCACAGUGUCCCAUUGAAAAUUGGAUGUGUAUAUUUGUAUAAACUUGUAAAUAUGUUUUUUCUGUUUUGGGUUCAUAUAUAACUUUUUUUUUUUUAAAUGAAAGUAGCUGGGGCUAAAGGGAUUAGACUGAUUAUGGGAGCAGCUAACGGUGAGAGGGGCUCAGUUUUCUGCAACACUAAACAUCUGAAAAGUGCUCUGACCUCUGUGAAGAGCAGGCCUAGACAAGCGUCCCUUAUCAGGGUGGGUUUGGUCUGGUGCUUGCAAUAUUGUCCUGUACCGCUCUUUUUGGAAAAGACUACUUGUUGGGUUGGAAAAGCCUAAAAAUCCAUAGCUUAACUUGCUUGAGGUACGCUUUGAUUUCCCUCUUAAAAUUCCAGGAACUUUACAAGCUCUGAGGACAAAGACCUGUGUUCCACCUUGGCAUGAGGGAAAUCCAGGAGCUAUCAUUGUAGCUAAGUAGAACAUAGGUGUGAAUUUGGGUUUAAAAGAAACAAUAGAAAACCAACUUACAUGCAUAAACUGACCGUUCUGGAGCUCUGUUGGGUGUUUCAGCUCCUGCAGCAUUGUGCAUACUCUGCCCAAAAAAACAUUUUUUAUAUAGAUUUGAGCCGGAAAAAGCAAAUCCUUUAACUUGUUACUCUGAAGCUGCAGAAAGCUGCUUGCCAUCUUCUAUGUUUUGGCAUGAAUUGCUGUCUGUUCUGCAUUGUAUAUUGCUGGAGAAUGCUUUAUGGUCAAAUAGUGUUGCUUUAAAUUGUGCCCCUCCCAACAUGCUUGAUGUUUGGCCUGAUCUACAGGCAAAAGGAGUGAGACAGAUCGAAUCCGGUAAACUUUUUUUUUUUAAUUUUAAUUUCCUUUUAGCCUGUUCAACUACAGUUUGUCAGGAGGCACCUGGAUGAAAGCAAUCCCCUUUGAUCAGUUGUACUUCGCAUAUACCGAUGCUAUACUCACACCAUGCUUGUUUACCUGAAUAUGGAUAUGGGAAUUAAUAAUAAUUUCUCCCCAUUUUGACUAUAAAAAGUGAAAUUAUUUGGGGAGGGAGCAGGGAAAGCAGAUUUAUCCAUUAAACUCCUUGAGGAUCAGAAAUAGAGCCAGGUGCCUCCUGGUGACAACUUUCAAGGUGAAAAGUGUGUGCCCCUCUUCCCCUUCUCCCCCCACCCCCAUAUCUACAGUGACUCUGUAAUAACUAUAGCAAAAGCUGCACUAAAGUACAAACUCAAGAGCUUGGUCACAGGCCCUCUGUGAGCCACUUAUCAAGUUGGCAGGUAUCAAAUGUAAACUAGUUUUUGGGGGGAGGGAGUGAGUUUGUGGGUAGUAAAUUUUGACCAAACGUAAAAUCUUGCUCUUGUACUGCAGCCAGCUUAUGAUUUUUUUCAGUGAGACAGAAGAGGGAUCAUUUUAGUGCAACAGAGAUAAAAAAGAAAAGUGAAAAUAAAAAUUCUUAUGACAGAGCAUGCACAUGCAACGAGAAAAGGAUAGCCAUACUGAGAGUCAAAAGUGUGUGCUCUGCCUGGAUUUGUGAUAAGUUAGCCUGGUGCCAUGUUCUGAUGGUCCCUCUUGAAGCACAGAAUUUUUAAAUUGAAAGUAUUAAAGUCAGCCUCUGAGGAUUGACGCUUACCUAGACUAUCAGGGGCACCAUUUUUAGGUGGCUUUCUCUAGAGGAAGGAAGUGGUCUGAUUCUGGUGCUAAUAGGCUAUCUCUAAAAUGUACAUGAACUUGCAAAAGGAAAGAUGCUCCAAAUGACUAGGCAAAUCCUAGUCUUUAUUUCUCCCUCAUCAAGGAGUGUGUAAAACUUGACUGUCAGGUUUCUUCUGGUUCCUUAUUUUUACAGACUACGUGUCAACAUUUCCAUGUAUUAUUUCAGAGCAAGUACCUGCUUUUAAUAAUCCCCAGGUCAAACAUUUGUUCAGUGGUCAAGUUCUUAGUGGGAUAUUGAAACGUUUACAUGCUUUUCCAUCCUUUUCCCCCAGGAAGGCAAAACAUUACAUUGUUAACCUAUAAAUCUGAUAUUAGACCCUGUAUUUUAAAUCCCACAAGUGAAAGGAGGUGGUAGUGAAAUGGGGGCACAAGUCUGUAGCCAGUUGAAUCGUAACUACAAAUCUGGACUGGCUUCUCAAAAGUGUAUUGUAUAAAUGCACUGCUGAAGCUGGAGGGUUUCGCCAAGGGGAGGGGGGUGGGAUGGUCGUAAAUAUUUUUUCAUUUCCAGAAUGAGAUGGGAGCAUCUUUCCUUUGCCUUCUGCUUUGUGUCUGUUUGUACGGAGCUGGGUGAGAACAUGAAAGCUCGACACAAAGACCUUGCAUACAUUUUAGCAUCAAAUCAUCUCAUUCUGAUUAACUUUGUUCUUUAUUUUAGUGGUGGGAAUGGGGAGGGUGUCUACACCAAGGAUUUAGAAAUGCUUCAGAUGGUUGUAUUCCAUCAGUGACAUAAUGCUGGCAUGAAGAGACCAUCAUUCAGCCUUUCUGUUUAAAGCCUUUUUCUAGUUAGUUUUUUACAAAUAUAUGAAUUUCUCUCUCUUCAUGCCAGGAGUCCGAUUCUAUUGGUGUAUUAUCCAUUGCCGGCAAUGGACUUGAUGAUGAUGCCGGUGCCAAGGAGCUUAUUGGUUCACGGGAACAGAGUGAACUCUGCUCUCAGGGACUAGAAUAAUGUUGCUGCCACUGCAAAAGUUUGGUAAAAUUAGUCCAAACCAAGAAUAUUUAGAUGCCAUGACCCUUUUAGUCCAAUUUUAAACCAAGACUUCUCUUUACAACAAAUACAUGGUGUCUGGAGUGAAAAGUAUGUCAGACAGAUGAAAAAUGGGUACAUGAGGAGGGUAGUAUGCCUUAUAGCUUUGCUCCCUUCACCAUUCUGCAGUUUAAAGUAUUCCCCUACUUGAAGCAUUAUUAAAUUCUUGUGUAGACAAAAUUGGGAAUGGGAGGGGGGAGGGAUAGGAUAUACUAAGAUACAGGCUUGCUGUAUUUUAACCACUAAUUGUGGGGAAGGGGUGUCUGGAGAAAAAUAGUCACUGUUCCCUUUAUUGAAACAAACUGGAACUUAUUUAAAAAAAAAUUUUGUUUGCAGUUCAAAUGAGUUUAUAAUCCAUUUGUCCCUGUUAAAAGGGCUGUGUUCCACUGAUAAGUGAACAGGGUGGACUAGAACUUUGGAACAUUCAAGGGAUGGGAAAAAUUGGCUUUUUGUUUAAUUGGCAAACUGUCCAGUGGAGCUGAGUUUUCCUUGGGAAUGUGUAUGUCCGUAUGUACAUAUGGGUUGGAAGGCUGUGACUAUGUGAAAAUCUUCACCGAGUUCAGAGUGCAGAAAAGAUGAAUGGUAAAAUCCUGAUUUUUGUUGAUGAGGCUCAAUAAAUGCUCACUGGAACUCCA